CAAGUAAAAUAGAAAAUAUUGAGAACAGUAAAUAACAUCAACAACUAAGGACAAUUUCUAUGAUGUUUAUAAAUGUAUAUGCUAUAUAUCUAUCUAACGUUAAAUUUUAGGUUUGAUAACUGUUGACAUUACUUCACGUUUGCUUUCAAUAUGAGCAGUAUAUUGUGGAUUUGUUAAAUUGGUUUUAUUAAGAUCUUAUUUCGAAUUUAUUUAAAAAUACGUGUAAUCGACAAUUAAAAUAUUCUGCUUUCAUCUUUUUUCAAGUGCGUCGGAAUUGUAAUCUAUAAACAAGUUUUCCGGAUUAAAAAUUCAAUUUAAGGAUUUCCAGAAAAAGUGUUUCAAUCAUUUGAGUAUUUGGCCUAUCUUUGAGAAAUUAAAAUUGAGUAUAAUUGAAAGUAUAAGAAUAUAUAAUAUAACAGUAACAACUAAAAAUAUGGAUUAUAAUUUACAUGAUGAUUAUAUCCAUAGACUCAAAGCAGCAGUAAAUAAUGUCUUAAAUAUACAAUUAACAAGAACUGAGUCUGCAUAUCUCUAUAAUAUAAAUCUUCGUUAUAUAAACUCGGCCAUCCAGGAAUUCACACAAUCAAACAAGGCAAUAGAUGAAUGGCAGCCCGAAACCAAGGAAUCUUUUUACAAAUGAAGUGUUCGAUCAAUUAAUUCAACAAUUGUUUAAUUCAUCAUGUUGUAAUUGUACGUCUUGUUCAACUCAUCGUCUAGAAAAAAUGGCUUACGAUUGGAUUCAAGGAAGUCAAGAAUUUUGUCCAACAACAUGGCAGAAAAUAGGUACAGCGGUAGGAUUCGUAAACAUUUUCGAAAAAAGAAGAAAAGUAAAAAUGUCUGUGCUAUUUCCUUCUUCAAAAUGCGUUUCUGCUUUAUCAGUUUCUCAAUUAGAAAAUCAGUUACAAUCCUCAGUUUCCUCAGUUUUACCACCAAAUCUCACGAAUGAGGCAGUUCUAUUACCUCAACAAGUACCUUCUGUAUUCCCCAAUAUGAAAAAUGUUUCGGAACAAAGCGAUUCGUUGCAGACAAGCAAGAUUGUUAGUGAUGAAGAUUGUAAAUUGAUGCUUACACUGUUGAAAAGAUUUCCUCCACCUUGUUCUUGUACGAAUUGUGCCAAAAGUCGCCUUCGAAAAAUGGCUUACCUAUGGGCCACAAAAUUAAAAAUUUGUCCAGAAUCAUGGAAAAAGGAAAAAUGUGCAGCACAGGAAUGGUUAGAUACUUUCGAAAAAGAAAUAAAAAAUAUUUCUGAGGUAUUUCCUUCUUCAGAGUGCGUAUUUUCCGAUUCAACAUCUUCUCCAUCGAGUCAAUCACAAUCCUUAUUGUUUGCUACGGAAGAUGUAGAUAAAAGCAAAUUAUUGCAGACAAGUAAAGUCUUUAAUGAUGAAGAUUGUAAAUGGUUAUUAACAUUAUUAAAAAAAUUUUUAUCUCGUUGUCCUUGUACGACUUGUGCAAGAAAGUGUUUACGAGAAUUAGCUUACGAAUGCGCUAAAAAACUACAUGUUUGUCCAAAAUCAUGGAUGAAAGAGAAACGUGCGCCAAAAAAAUGGUUGCACAUUUUCGAAAAAGAAAUUAAAAAUAUUUCUGAAAUAUUCCCUUCUUCAAAAUGCGUAUCUAGUUUAUCAGUUUCUCAAUUAGCAAGCCAAUCACAGUCUUCAUUGUCUGAUGCACAAAAUGUUUCCCAGUUAUCGCAAAGUACAGAUAAAUCAGAUUUUCAUAUGGAAAGAGCACUAUGUGACAUUGGCUAUAAGUUUAAAACCAUAAAGGAGGCUGCAAAUUAUUAUGGAAUACCAUUGCAUGAGCUUAAGUACGAAGUUGUUUUCUUCAUGGAUAAUAUGAAAACUAUAGAAAUUGAGACUGACGAUUCUGAUGACUCUAAUGAUUUAAUUUUCGAGUCAUCGAAAAAUAUAGAACAUACAAGCAAAAGUGAUGAAUAUAAUUGUGAAUUGAAAACUAAGAAAAGAACACGGAAAGAAACUGAAGAAACUUGUAUUGACAUUUUACCGUCUACGCAAAAGGAAAAAUUUACAGAAUUCGACUAAGAUUCCAAAAUCAUCUAAUAAUUUAUAGUCAUUCAACAACUCAGGGACGUUUGAGGAUUCAAUUUCUCAGAAUAAAAACUAAGAUGUAUAUAAAAGAUAAUACAAGUAAUAGCAAUGAUAUAGAAGAUAUAAGCAAAAA